AUGGAGGAAUUCCAAAGAUAUUUAAAGCUAAAUAGAUCUCAACAACACUACUUCUUAUAUCCACUUAUCUUUCAGGAGUAUAUUUAUGCACUUGCGCAUGAUCAUGGUUUAAAUAGAAAUAGAUCCAUUUUUUUGGAAAAUGUGGGUUAUAAUAAAUUCAGUUUACUAAUUGUGAAACGUGCAAUUGAGCGAAUGUAUCAGUAUGAGCAGAAGCAUUUGAUUCUUUUUGAUAAUGAUUUUAACCAAAAUAGAUUUUUUGGACGCAACAAUAAUUUUUCUUUUCAAAUGAUAUCAGAAGGAUUUGCAGUCAUUGUAGAAAUUCCGUUUUAUCUCCGAUUAUUAUCUUCGCUAGAAAAGAAAGGAAUAGUGAAAUCUAAUAAUUUACGAUCAAUUCAUUCAAUAUUCCCUUUUUUAGAGGACAAUUUUUCACAUUUAAUUUAUGUAUUAGAGAUACUAAUACCCUACCCAGCCCAUCUGGAAAUAUUGAUUCAAACUCUGCGCUACUGGGUAAAAGACGCUUCUUCUUUACAUUUAUUACGAUUCUUUCUCCAUGAGUAUCGUAGUUGGAAUACGCCAAAUAAAGCCAGUUCUUUUUUUUCAAAAAGAAAUCAAAGGUUUUUCUUCGUCCUAUAUAAUUCUCAUAUAUGUGAAUAUGAAUCCAUCUUCGUCUUUCUUCGUAACCAAUCUUCUCAUUUAUGUUCAACCUCUUCUGGAACCCUUCUUGAACGAAUCUAUUUCUAUGGAAAACUAGAACAUCUUGUACUUGUAGAAGCUUUUGCUAAGGCCUUUCAGGCCAAUCUAUGGUUGUUUAAGGAUCCUUUCAUGCAUUAUGUUAGGUAUCAAGGAAAAUCAAUUCUCGCUUCAAAAGGGACACCCCCUUUGAUGAAAAAAUGGACAUAUUACUUUGUCAAUUUAUGGGAAUGUCGUUUUUACCUAUGGUCUCAGCCGGGACGGAUCUGUAUAAACCAAUUAUAUAAUAAUUCCCUAUCUCUUCUGGGAUAUAUAUCAAGUGCGGGACUAAACCCUUCAAUGGUCCGCAGUCAAAUGUUAGAAAAUGCAUUUAUAAUUGAUAAUCCUAUUAAAAAGUUCGAUACUCUUGUUCCAAUUGUUCCUCUGAUUGGAUCAUUGGCUAAGGCGAGAUUUUGUAACGUAUUGGGGCACCCUAUUAGUAAGGCGGUUUGGACUGAUUUAUCAGAUUCUGAUAUUAUUGUCCGAUUUGGGCGUAUAUGCAGAAAUCUUUCUCAUUUUUUUAGUGGAUCCUCACAAAAAAAGAGUUUGUAUCGAAUAAAGUAUAUACUUCGGCUGUCUUGUGCUAGAACUUUGGCUCGUAAACAUAAAAGUACUGUACGUGCUUUUUUGAAAAGAUCGGGCUCGGGGUUAUUGGAAGAAUUCUUUACGGCGGAAGAGCAAGUCCUUUAUUUGACCUUUCCAAGAGCUUCUUCCACUUCGCAUAGGUUAUAUAGAAGGCGUAUUUGGUAUUUGGAUAUUAUUUGUAUCAAUGAUUUGGCCAGUCAUGAAUUGAAUGAUUCGUUAGUCUAAGUAAUGAAGAUAAAUAAUGAAGAGAUAACAAAUUCUUUUUCUGAAA